AUGCACGGGGAGUUUCGGUACCAUUUAGACGUAGACAGACCUCUGCUGGCGCGAGUCCAAUCAAAGAAAAUAGGAGUGGCAAGUAUUAUAAUUAAUAGAACGGAACCACCAGCCCUUACGGAGGAGGAUAAUGUGGAACAACUAGAAUACGAUAUAACACUAGCAGAUAGGGUUAUAAACGAAUUUUAUGAUUUGAAUGAUGAAAUAAAUAUAGAAUCAUGGUCGGAUUUUAGGGCAAUACAGAUGAAUAGGGCAGCAGCUCUAAGCAACACUAGAAUAAGUAGCAAUGAAAAUAAUAAUACUGGUACUGAAAAUAAUAAUAGUAACCUAGGUGGAAGUAACAAUAAUGGUCACUGGGUUAAUAGUAUUAUGAGUGUUAGGGAAGAAUUAGAUAUAGUAAAUAGUUAUUAUAGUAGUAUAGAGGAACUUGAUAUAGUUCCGAAUAGUUUUAUUAGUAAUAUGGACGAGUUAGAAGGAUUUAGUGACAGUGAGUAA